UGGUUCAAAUAGUCAUGGCAUUUCAUACGGUCAUCCUGACUUCCAUGCUCCUCAAACGAAUCACGGAAUUGAUCAAGCUUUUGGUGGCGGAUGGGAUCAUAACGGUCAAUUCGGCCAGAUGAGCGGUGGAAUGUCUCAUCCAGGAUUGACUGGCGAAAGUUUACAUCCAGGAUAUGGAUUUUACAACAACGGGGAACAACAUUGGAAUGAUCAAUUUGGAGGAAUGUACACUUACGGAGGUGCAGACAAAACAUUUCGAAGAAGUUCAUCUAUGCCUGUGAACAACAUAAAUGGAGGAUAUUAUACUGGAGGACAAUCAUCUAAUCCAUGGUCAAACUAUGAAACAGAUACCAGUUCUGGUAGGUUAAAAUUUAAUUUUUUGUUUCGAAUCGGCUAG